AUGAAACGAGGAAGAUUCAAUCAUAACAACCGACGCUCUGGCCCGGUCAAACACGGAGCUCCGGUCAAACAACGUACACCACGGUGUAACACAAUCCAUACUUCAUACAUCGCAGAGAAAGAUAUAUUUUGUACAGAAUACGUUACAGGUUCGGAAGGAUUUCAAGGCGUUCUAAAAUCAAGAUUUUCGGAUUUUCAUGUGAACGAAAUCGACGGCGAUGGCGAGGAGGCUGUUUUGUCGGACCUUUCUCUGCCAAAAUCUAGCGCAAAUAAACUAGGUGAGUCGACCGUGGAGGAAAGUAACAGCACCAUCGAUCCAAAUGAAGAUUUAGUAAGAUUGAUCAAACCCGAAAAUAUGACACGAAUCCAGGAAAUAAUGAAAGGAAAAGACGAUUCGUACAUUCAAAUAGAUGUCACAGAUCUGUCCAAACAAGAUCGUACAACGAUACAUACUAGAGUAAAGGCGCUCUUUGGGGCUGCAAUCGUUGGUUCAACGAUGAGCGAAAAUGAUCGCAAGUGGAUCCGAUUUGCUAAGUAUAACAAAGCAACGGUUCGAGAUCGUCGUGAAAAAUGGCAAUGGCCGCAUCCUUACACGUACUUUAUGCUGUACAAAGAAAAUCUCGAUACUAUCCAAGCGACAAUAUUGCUUGCUCAAAAGCUGUACUGUUCCCCCUCAGUAUUUACGUAUGCAGGUACGAAAGAUCGUCGAGCUAAAACUACCCAAUGGAUGUGCGUGAAAACGCGUGAACCGGCUAAAAUUAUUGCUGCUGCCCGAAGCAUGCCAAGCGUUACCGUGGGUAACUUUACGUUUAAACCGACUACGCUGAAGUUGGGCCAGCUACGGGGCAAUCGUUUCCGCAUUGCACUCCGACAGGUCACGGCCAGUGAUGAAACCAUAAACGGCUGCAUGGAUCAGUUCCGCGAGAAAGGAUUCAUCAACUAUUACGGUUUACAACGGUUCGGCAAUUGUGCCUCCGUUCCGACAUAUAAAAUAGGAAUAGAGAUGCUCAAGGGAAACUGGAAGGAAGCAUGCAAUUUGAUACUCCAUCCGCGCGAGGACGAACCCCAGUUUAUGGUGGAAAUGCGAUCAAUUUGGCAGCAAACCCAUGAUGCUGCAGAAGCAUUGAAAAAGCUACAUUCCACAAAUAAGUCUGUUGAGGCUCAACUACUCCAUUGGCUAGCGAGUCACGGUGGUAAGGAUUAUUUCGGUGCAAUUAGCCACCUUCCACGUAAUAUGCGGAUGCUUUAUCUGCACGCUUAUCAAAGUUUGAUCUGGAAUCGAGUAGCUUCGGAACGUAUACGCAAGUACGGUUUGAGUCCUAUUGUAGGAGAUCUAGUUUACACAGAAAACCAACCAGAAGCGGCUAUUGCUAAUAUAGAAACUUUGGUGGAUGGUGAGGAAGCGAUCAUGAAUACAGUUGAUGUAGAAUUUGAGACUGAUCCAGAUCAAAAUGACAAUGUAUCAGAAAACGAAAGCAAUAUCCCGACUGAAACGUCCUAUUUUAAAAAUCUAGUUAGACCGCUUACCAUCGACGAUAUCGCGGCGAAGCGGUACACAAUGUUCGACAUCGUUCUAUCCCUUCCUGGGCACGAUAUUACAUACCCGUCCAACGAAUGCGCCCUCUGGUAUGAAAACGCGCUGGCUGAGGAGUCACUGUCUUCGGAAAAAUUGCAACACAAAUCGAAGAGUCAUUCCCUCACGGGUGCGUAUCGGAAGUUGUUCGUUCGCCCUGAACGUUUGGAAUGGAAAAUCGUCCGCUAUGAAAAAUCAACUGACACGCUCAUUCUGUCCGAUGUGGAAAAAAUUAAAAGCACUGCCGAACCACAGUUUGCCGAAUGGGCAGCUAAAGAUGCUGCACAUAAAGCGGUUCUACUGGAUUUACGGCUACCCACAUCCUCGUACGCGACGAUGGCUCUUCGUGAGAUUAUGAAAACGGAUACAUCAGCCGGUAAUCAGCGAGCGCUCGAAAAAUUGGCCCAAGAACACUCAAAACCAUGCGCGAACGACGAAGGAAAUGAUAGUUCUUCAUUAUCACAAAAAACUAACGAAGAACCAAUGUGCAAAGUAGCAAAACAAAACAUUUAA